GUUGUGAGAAGAAACUUACAAGCACUGUUUGUGAACCUAUGGAGUCAAUUUUAACAGCAUGGGUCAAAUUAAAGAAUUCCCAGUCUGACAACGCUUUAAGGCUGUUUUUGUCCACAGUGAAAGAGCAUGAAAAUGCGUUGCGAGAUUUCAGUCAAAUAGAUUCAGAAGAUCAGUCACUCCGUGUUUCACUUGAUAAAUUGAAAACUGUAUUCUUGCUGGAGCUACAAGCAGUGCAACAGAGGGGCGCAGAUGAUGCAGAGAAAGCAAGGAAUGAUAUUACAACCCAUAGAGAGGAAAAUGAGAAUGUUGUGUUGAAAAUAUUAAAAGAAAUGAAAAUUGCACAGAAAUAAUCUAAAAACAACAUUAUAUAGGCUAUAAAAAUUGUUGUUUUUUAUUUUUUCUUUUGUUGAUUAUUUUGCUAAAAUUUGUUGUGUAGAUGUAGAUGAUAAAUGAAGUUGUACAACAUACUCUCUUACUUUUCGCUGAAAUAUUUUUCCUCAGUUAAUUUUGUAUGUAAAAUUUUGUUGAAAUUUAGUAAUGAUCUCUAUCUUUUUUGUAGGUUUUGAAUCCUUCUGCUUAAUUCACAUGGCUAGACAUGUUAAGUGGAUAGCACGCACUGUAAUUGCUAAAGUUGAUCAGGAAAACAAAAUUUCUGCGUGGGAAGAAGCAUACGAACAACUAAAUCGGCAACUACGCAAGGAGAAUAUUCUGCAAACAACAAAGAGAAACCGAUAUUACGAGAAGCCGUGGAUGAGAAGAAGAAGACUUGCUUACGAAGAGUGCAAAAAAAUCUACAAUAAUGAAAUGGAGCAGAAAGUCAGUUUCUUGCUAAGGAAAAACAGAAGAGAGCCUUGGCGUAUUUGAAACUUGACUGAAAACUGUUUUGUUAACUUGUUUAAUUUUGUGUGUAAUUAUUUAAAGACAUUGCUAUGGCUAGUUUAAUUCUUAAAUCCACUUUGAGAUACAACACAAUUGGUUCCUGCUUGCGAAUGGGCAAACAUUCUGCCGCAAUAAACUUGCAGCCCUAUUGUUUUACUUGCUAUCAAGAAACUUCAAAUAGGAAGCUAUCAUUAUACCCGAUUACACGAAACGAAAAAAUCCUGCAAAAGUUUGCCCCCCUUUUUAAAAUUACUUCACGAAGUAUGUUCAUCCAAACAUUUGAAACUCCAAAUCCAAACUGCCUGAAGUUUGUACCAGGCGUACCAGUUCUUGGUACAGGCACGGCCGACUUCCCAGAUUGGAAAAAUUCCUAUAAGUCCCCUCUUGCCAAGCGGCUCUUUGGAAUUGAGGGUGUCAAGGCAGUGUUCCUUGGUCCGGACUUUCUCACAGUCACUCGGCAGGAUGAGGAAGUUCAAUGGAAGGUUUUGAAACCAGAGAUCUACUCCCUAGUCAUGGACUUUUUCACUGCAGGCAACAUCCCUGUUCUCACUGAUGAAGGACCUUCCGCAGAUACAGUGGUGGAUGAAGAUGAUGAUGAGAUUGUUGCCAUGGUUAAGGAGCUCCUGGACACAAGGAUCCGACCCACAGUUAUGGAGGAUGGAGGAGACAUUAUCUUCAAGGGAUUUGAUCCAGAAACAGGCUCUGUGAAACUCAAGUUGCAAGGCUCUUGUAGUAAUUGCCCAAGCUCAAGUGUCACAUUAAAAAGUGGGAUUGAAAACAUGCUUAAGUUCUACAUCCCAGAGGUGAUGGAGGUGGAAGAAGUUAAGGAUGAAAGUGAUGAAGUUUCUGAUCGGGAGUUCCAAAAACUGGAAGAUCAGAUUCGAAGAAAGGAAAAACCUGAAUAAUCUAAACUGAACUUUGAAUACGACUAUUGCAAAAAAUGCAAACAUGAUUUUUUUGCCUACUUACUCCACAACUCACUGUGGGUUCAUCUUGUGACUGAACUUGACUAAUUUGUAAUAUUUAUAAAAUAUAUUCAAUAACUUAAAUUGCAAAUCACAGUAGGCCUAAUUUAAUAUUCUUUAACUUGCAUAUACGAUAAGGAAUAAACAGACGAUUUCCAUUGUAUUCUAGACAAUUUGGUAAAUGUGUUAUCAUAUAAAUAAUAUUAAACCUUGAGUGUGUUUUUGCUUGUAG